CAGGAGAGUGCUUACUUGACAGCUUGAACAGUCCAUCCCUACGCGUCCAUGACUUGCAUCUUCUUUUUCCCCUGAUGUUGACACGGUCCGCCCCAGCCGAGGAUUGGAUUUUCGAACCCUAAUUUCUUGACAUACUUAUCUAAAUACUCUACAGCUCGGUCAUGACAAGAAAAGGCAGCACCAAGGUGAGGACAGGGUGCUUCACGUGCAAAGCACGGAAGGUGAAAUGUGACGAGGCCAAACCACGGUGUCAGAGGUGCACCUCCACAGGGCGCAAGUGCGAAGGCUACCCAGCCCUUCCCACCGGCCAGGCAGCAUACUCCUGGGCAGACCUUCUCACGCUUCAGACAGUCGUUCCGACUGUUACCCGACGAAAUCCAAGCACCAUCUAUACCUCUAAUGAUAUGGAAGCCCGGGCACUGGAUUUCUUUAAAGCCCAGGUAGCACCCGUCCUUUCGCAGCACUCCAGCAAGCAGUUCUGGAACAUACUCGUCUCCCAGGUCGGUCAGCAGCAGCCAGCAGUGCGCCAUGCUCUCGUCUGCAUAGGGUCGAUGUACGAGGGGCUGGGUGACAAUGGCCACAGACUCUUAACGACAUCCAGGGAGACCUUUGCAAUCACUCAGUAUAAUUUGGCGUUGAAGGAAUUAAUCUCCGCAGCCGGUGACAAGAACAUGACUUUACUCGUCUGUCUGCUGUUCAUUUGCAUAGAAACAUUGCGUGGAAACAAGAACAUGGCCAUCGAACACUGCCGGCAUGGUAUCACAAUCUGCAAUAGCAUACCCAAAGGGCUAUCCGGCUGGGCGGGACAAGAACUGAAACCGAUAUUCCUGCGCCUCGCCACAUUCCCGUAUUUCUUUGGCGUUGAGACCUGUGACUUCCCAGAGCCUCUCGGUCUGGUCUCAGACCCGAUGGCCGUGGACGUCACGGCCGCGGAGAGGAACACGGCCUGGGACUGGUUGGUAAACCGGACGGCCCGGCUGAUCCGGCUGGGCCUCAGCCAUCGUCAAGGCCCUCUACGACAAAUUCCAAAGCCGGACGACUUGUACGAAGAGCAACGGCGUAUCUGUCGAGCAUUAGGCCCGUGGCGGAAUUACUACAAAGGCCUCAGGCUACAAGGCUCUCUGAGCCUGGAGGAGAUGCUCUCCAACUUGUUCGAUGAGAUGAAAUGCAUCGCUGGAACUAUAUGGGCGUCGUGCUGCUUGAGCAGCAACGAACUGGUCUACGACAAAUAUCUCGAUGACUUCGAGGAGCUCGUAUCUCUGGUCCAACAGCUCGUCGGCCUCACGGCAGAACAGAGCGGACCGAGGGGAAAGUUUAUUUUCGAAAUGGGGUUCAUGCCCUACCUUUAUUUCACAGUCCUCAACUGCCGACGACUGGACUUGAGACUCGCUGCGCUAAGACACAUGCCGCUCGUUGGACACGAGCGUGAGAACCUUUUCAGUACGAGGAGUUGCUACUACACCGGUAUACGCGUCGUCGAGCUAGAGCACGGUAUAAGCCUUGAUCCCGAGCGACCAGAAGUCCCAGGCGACGUCGAGGCACCGCUGCCAGAAGAUCAAUUCCGCGUCAGGAGUGCAGACAUCACGGACGAGGUGGACAUCCGCCUUGAUGACGACAGUAAUGAACUCGAAUACAGGAAGGUUUUCUUCUGGAUCAAACCUGAAGGCAUUACUCCAGGCUUCACGGAAUGGUUGAGGAUAGGGUCUUUUCCUCCCAGCACACAGACGAGGACGCCAGCGUCAGGUUCAGUGGGGGCAUCUGGACAACAGUCUUCAAGCCCAAAUUCGGUCUAAAAAAACAUUUUUAUUCUGGGAUUAUGCUCUUCGGUGUUGAGGGGCCGGGUGGGUGCGACAAAAUGUCCUCAAAUGCCAGUGUCUGCUUGGCUGGCGCAAGUCACGCUCGCUUUGGUUACAGCGACAUAGAAUUCACACGACUCAGUAAAGAAAUCAC